AUGAGGAUGUUGUGCUGCGACUAUACGCGGCCAGCCCCUGCACCUGUUCCCGCCCCUGCCCCUGCACUGGCAACGGGUCGUCAGAGUGAGCUCAUUGCGGGCAAUGAGUUUCUCAAGCUGUUCCUCGAUCACGACGAACAGCAGCGCAGCCUGCACAGCGAUGAGGAGCUCGAGGCACCCGCUGCUGGUCGCCUGAACAAUGCCAGAAGCUUGGAGCACAAGACGCGCUACCGCAACGCGAAUGCGCAGCAUCAGACAGAUGCCGAGGGCAAGCAGGUCGUCAAGUUGGUGACCACAGGCAGCAAGAUUGUCUUUCUAGAGGAUGCGCCCGCAGCAUCAACCAGCAAGCCAAAGUCCAGCGAUGAGGUCAAGGUGGUGGCUGUCAGCGUCAGUUCCUCCAGUAAGCGUGGCAGUCGUAGAAGCAGUGCGCCGAGUGCAACCGGCGUGGAUUUUGUCAAUCGCUCGCACAAGAGCGAACUGUCCAUUGAGGAGACUGAGCCACGCCUGGCCGCCGAUGUCAUGGAUGUGGAGAGCGACUCGCUGAACAGCGCCUCCAAUAUACAAAACGUUUUGGCGGCGCCAUUACUAGCUGCAGCCACCUCCAGCCGCUCCAGUUCGAGAGCCAACGAUGCGGAGGCGGUGUCAGAGGCAAACACUCAUGAGUCUGUUGCGGGUGAUGACAAAUUGCUGCCGUUCCAGACGGUGAUCUAUCACGACACGAAGCAGGGCCAUGGACCCCAGUCAAGAUCAAUAUCAUACAGCUCCAUAUCGCAGAACGUGGAUGAUCUCCAUGUGCCGGGUGGCUGGCAUCAGUCGGCCGGUAUCUUGGCGGAGGCACAGCGCAACGUGAGCGACAGCCUCAAGCCCAUGCCACGUCUCGCCUCGGAGCCGUCCAAGUUCUAUUCCGUGCCAUCGAAAAUGUACAGUGUGCCUUCCAAGUUUUACUCAGAGCCAGCUAAGGUCUAUUCGGAGCCGGCAAAGAUGUAUGGCCAGCCAGAGAAGGUAUAUUCGGAGCCGGCCAAAGUCUAUGGACAGCCGUCCAAGUUUUACUCAGAGCCAGCGAAAGUAUACUCGCAGCCAGCUAAGGUCUAUGGUGAGCCCGCCAAGACCUACUGGCCGCAAACUGUUACAACCGGUACCGGUGUCACUCUCGGCACGACCAGCUCGCCCACCACAACAGGCGCUACUUUGGCAGCGGCAACAACAGCAACGCCAGCAACUGUGCCAACGGGCCCUGCUCCCACCACCUUUGUGCCCUCGCGUCGGCCUGCAAUUGUCUCGCGGAUUGCAUUCGGCGAGGCGCAGACGACAACGACAACGACAGGCAGAUCCAUGGAAUCCCAGACGGCAACGAGCAGCACGCUGCCCACCGUUAGGCCAAGCACUUGGCACCACCAUUAUCACAGUGGUCAUAAUCAUCAUCUGCACCAACAACAACAACAGCAGCAACAACAACAGUCUGCAACGAGUGCGGGCAAUUCGCAGCCGCGUCGUGUACUCUUCAAUUUGGAUAAAUUACCUUAUGAUUUAUUGAAUGCACCGCAACCGCAGCCAGCGCGCCAUCUAUUGGAGCCAAUUUUAUCAAAGAGUCCAAGCACAAGCGACUACCAGCAACAGCAGCAGCAGCAGCAGCAGCAGCAGCAUCAGCAAUAUCAUCGUCCAUGUUGGGAACAACAGCAACGUCAGCAUUCAUCACUGUCGCUUCAACAUUCUAAUCAAAAUGCCAAAGGAUUGCCCAAUAGAGAUCUAGUCAAGUGUGUUUCCAAAUUUGCACACCAACAUGUAUCGCCUGCAGCAGCAUCCGGCAUUAGUGCCUUUUCAUACAGCUCCAGCUCCAGCAGCUCAUCAUCCUCAUCCUCCGCUGCUGCCGCCUCGCCAGUUAACGAUGCGACCAUGUUGCCACACUUUACAACCGAACGCGCCGAGCUUUACACACCGACCCCAGAGCAGAAUUACGAAAUUGAAGAGUCCGUAAGUUUUAUGACAAACGGACGAGCCCAUGGAUUGCAGGGUGUCAGCAGCAGCAGCAGCGGCGGCGGUGGCGGCGCAUUGGUCACAGCCACAACACCAGCCAGUCCAGCAACCACAACAUCAGCAACAUCCAAUGGAGCAGCAACAACAUCAACGCAACACGGUCGCAAUCGCGGCAUAGACCGGGGACGCGGUUCGGUGGUGUACAACGCCAACGCAAAUGCCAACGACUAUGAUGGUGCUGGUGACGGUGGCGACGAAGAUGCUGAGGGCAGGGGCAGCACAGAUGAGUCAGAUGAAGAUAAAGUCGCCUAUGUGGUGGAGGGACGUAACUAUCGCAAGUAUCGCGUCGAGGAGAAAACCGACGACGGCUUCAUCGUUGGCGAAUAUGGCGUCGUGGACCACAACGAUGGCAACCUAAGCGGUGUGCGUUACACCGCCGACUCGACCAUUGAUCGCAGCUUGAUACAAAAGGCGUUGUUGACAUUUCUGAAGCUCAAGUAGUUGGAGCCACAGCUGUACUGCGGCAACUCUCGAGCUGCCCGAGCUGACCCAGCUGCCUCAGCUGCCUCGAUUGGCUCGGCUGCCCAGCUGCCACAGCUGCAGCGGCAAUUCAUUUCAUACACAUGUGAUCCAAG